AUGUCCCGCCCUGUGUCAAAGUUUGCCGAAUGGCUUGCCAGGGCUCCCGUCCAAGACAACCUCGCACGCCGAUUCAGCCAUUUGCCUUUGAGGUUGCAACACGCAGUAUCCUGGAGACGCUUCUUCCAGGCGCCAACACCAGGCAUGCUCCAGUGGCUCGAUAUCCCAUCAUACUUGCAAGGGGGAGUACUUGCAGCCCUGGUGAUUGUCAACAUUAUUGCAAUCAGUCUUCAUGCUCGGACCUGGGCAGAUGUGCAGAAGCGAGCCGGAUGCUUGGCGGUCACACACCUUGUUCCCCUCUGCUCUGGGUUUAGCUUCAGUCUUCCGGCUCAUGUCUUCCGUAUCGAACGGGGCACGCUCCAGUGGGCCCAUCGGUGGCUAGGCCGCAUUUGCGUGCUGCAUUGCCUUCUUCAUGGGUCCGUACUAGGCACAGUUGCUCGAAAUACAAGCCUUGGAGCUUCCCUCGUCAUCCCACUCCUGGCCGGAUGCAGUUUCGUCUCGAUCUUUCCUUGGACGCUCGCUGCGAUUCUUCGGCGGUGGCCGCAACUCGGCCUCAAGGUCCACCAUGUGCUUGCUUUGGUCGCCACCGGUACCCUUUUCUAUCAUUUGAUCGACCGG